AUGACGCUGCAAAAGGAAGGAAACCCUCGACGCUGGGGAGACUCGUCCUCUGACGAAUCUGGGAAAUCUAAGGGAAAGGGAUCGACAGAUUGCAAUAGAGUCACUACGCAGGAAGAAGAGGUAGAGACAGACCAAAACGAACAGGAAUGGCAGGAGGUUCGUCUUCGGAAACCGACAACCAUGGCAUCGGAAGCCAGAAAGCAAGCAACAUUCCCAACGUUGUACCGCAAAGGUUUCCCGAAAGGAUGGUAUCCUCUCAAUAUCGAAAGAAUUUUUGGACGAGCUGGUGCGGUAAUGGAUGUGGUCAUGCCUCGUGACCGGGAAACGGGACGAUUCAGAGGAUUCGCCCUCGUUUGCAUGUCCUCCGAGACCGAACUAGCCAAAGCAGUUACAAUGCUCCACGGUAUCAAAUUUGAAGGUUGUCCUCUCCUUGUUCAGAGGGCUCGUUAUGGCCCAAACCUCUCUAUCCCGCUCAAACCUCAACCAACAAAGGUCUAUCGUCCCAAAUCGACCGUUCUUCCCCCACCCCCACCCCCCCUCUUGUUCCAACGCAGGGACCGCUCCCGACCUUUAAGGAGAUUUUAA